AUGCAGGGUUUGGGCUCAGGGUAGGGUUUAAAACCCUGAACCCCAAGGGGGACCUGCGUAGCGAAUGUGACGCAUUAGCCGAGCGAACGGCGAAUCGAAGCACUCCAAUCAUCGCACCGCUGCCCUCUCGACUUUUGUGGUGGGAUGGCUGGUCAUUGAGCUGAUAGAUAUCCGAAGACCUGGUGAGGCCGAGCACUCAUCCAUUCACCUCAAUGCUGCAUCUCUGUGUGUCUUGUCCGUUCAUUACAGGUUUGUUCGUUCGGUGAUGGCGGCUUCGUGCUCAUCUGACGCCAUUGGGCCAAAGGAGGACAGCUCAGCCACUGCCGCAGACGAGUCCGCACAGGCAGCCCAUCCCCUCAGCGAUAAUGAGGAGAUCAAACCUGAGCUCUCUGCAAUGAUAUCAGACACGGUGAGGUUAUGCUAGGUCAUGACACGGACGUAUUGGAUUUCUCUCGUUCGUGUCACAAAAUGUGUCAUGCAGCCCGGCCUGCUGGAUUGCGUCGCUGUGUUCUUGCCGCUUCAUCUUCGGGUGUACGUGUCGCGGCACAUGAGGGAGGCCGUUGCACCUCACCACACACGGCUCGUCAUCAGCCCGGCUGACAAGGAGGAGCGGUCCGUCUGGGAGCGCAUCCCAAUCGGCCUCGUGAAGGGGCUGGCAGCGUCCCUCACUCGCCUCACGUCCAUUAUCUUCUGCUAUCCCGUUUUCGCCACUCUCUGGUGCUUUGACGUCUUCAUCACAUUCGUCGAAGGCCACGCUGAGGGGCGGCGAACAGCCAACAUGCAGGGAGGAAGCCUGCAGACUAUUGUUUUGGAGAAGGUAUCCCUAUCUUGGGACAAGCCCCGACUGCAGCGGUGCGAUCUUCCCCUCCCUCCGCCCGCAGUCCCUCCGCCGACCCUUCACGCGCUCACGUCCGUCACGGGACUCGCAGACGGAGUUGUUACCCGUCGUCGACCUCACAGAGUUGUUUGGACUGAGCCGUAUGGACAUAGCAGGAUGGCUGACAGAGGGUGGCGCAUGCCCUCUCUUGCUCGAGUGGAGCAGACGGGGUGGUCGUGCCCCUCGUUGGGCCGCUUCAUUUGCACCUCUCGACGCCUGCAGCACGUCGACGGGGAUUUCUCAGGUGGCGGGUGGGCGUCGGCCUUUGAGCAUCUGCCUGUGGGCGAUGGUGGGCAGCCGGGGCCUCUCAGCCAGCUCAAGAGUAUCGGCAAGAUAAGGAUCCUUUGUUCCCAACGUCGUGCUUCUGUAGAAUCGAGUGGGCUGCGUCAGCUACAGGUGAUCAGAAUAUAUGCACCUCGCAGCGUGUAUCGCGUCUUCUUGUGCACCUUUGCUUGAAUGUAAUCAGGUAGCUCUGUCAGCGCGUGGCUGCCGCAAGUCCCUCACAGGGCUCGACGUUGUCCUCCCACCUGACCCUGCCGAGCUGUGCGGUGACCUUUGCGCUCUUGAUGGCCUCGUCACCAACUGCUGUAUAUCGCCCGACGUCCCGGUCUCUGUGGGGAUCGGCACAAACGCCUUCAACCCGUUCAGCCUCCACACCGACCACUUCCCCCCCAACCCCACCCCCACAUUCAGGAGGACGAUCCAGCAGGUGGCGCAGAAGAUAAAACGUCUGCCUUUCUCCCUCAGAGAAGGCCCCUUGCCCCCCGCCACAGAGGCGGCAAUCGACCUGGCCCGGACGCUGUCAUUCGACAGCGCCACAGAGGUGGAGGUCCGAGUCCCGUUCCGUGCUACCAUCCCUCCCCAGGACAGCAUGAUCAUCUCGCAUCUGCAGCAACUGCCGCCGCAAGCCGCCCGUCUGACCGUCGGCGGUCGUCCGGGACUGCAAGCCGAACCUUAUGUCAUGGGCGCUGUGGGUGCCAUGGUGGCCGCCAAGAUGCCCAAGUAUGUCAAGGAGGUCAUCGGGGAGUCAUGGGUGGGGGAAGACGCCGUCCGUGUGCUCGAGGGUCUCGGGAGGGACAGGGAGGUGGGCAGCGUGAAGAUCAAGUAUGUCUUUUUGGAGCAGCUGACGAGUACCGCUGCGACGCUACCGGCCAUACAUGAACUCGAAGUAGAGGGUGAGCCGAGCCAGCGAGUGAGGAAGUGCACCUAGCCUUGCCGAUGUCUGUCUGUAGUGAAUCCAUGCGUGCGGGAUGAGCAGGAGGCUGCCCGUUUCCAUUCGACCUUCGUGUCGCUCUGCCAGAGUGUGCGGGGGCUGCGGCGCGUGGAGAUACACGUCGACGUGAGGAAGACGGCUGUCUCAGACGUGGUUGAGCUGCUCGAUCGGGGCACCAAGCUCGGCAGUGGCUUCAGCGUCACCAACCUACAGAUUGAUAAGUGCGUUUUGGACAGCCGUGACAGCGAUGUCGUGGUCACUGCCACACGGGACAUGAGACCGCAGGUCGGCACGAGAGACAGAGAGGGAGAACGAUUUUGGUCGGUGGCUGGCUGUAACUGUGGGUGGUGUAUAUGGAUGGGUGUUGGUCAGGUCGCUGCUGGUGCUGCCGCUGUGGCUUCCAGGGAUCCAGCAGCGAGCCACGAUCUUGCUGCUGCUUUGUCGGCAGGCCGUCUACGUGUCGGCGCGGAGAUGGUCGACGGCACAGGGACAUCGCGAGAGGUGGGAGAGGGACAGCGUGGGCGUCCGUCCCGGGAGCUGCAGGUAGGACUCGUUGAUGACCUGACCUCUUGGGUGAGUAUUGAGAGACCAUCCUAGCAUGAUGCACUUCACACGUGUUGGAGAGUGAGGCACAUAAUUUAUGUGUCUGUCUGUCAUGAAUGCAUGCCAUGCAGGCGGCUUCUCCCUCAGCCCCCGUAGCCGUAGCUGAUGGUCCGUCGCCCUCACCAGAAGGAAUCCACCAUGGACAGCAGGUUCGCAGGGAUGGGGGCUGAGGAUGGAACGAUUGGCACGACGCACGUACAUCCCUGUAUGUGUUGUUGUCGCAUCGUUCGUGUGUGUGUGUGUGUGCCUUGCUGUGUAUGUAUGUGUGCAGGAGAUCUUGACGCCGUUCGGUGGCCCUGACCGCGAGAUGCCCUCACCCGUCGCAUCACGUGAAGCGCCGUGA